UACGGAAGGACGAAUGUCCGUUUCCGCCUGUGUUCGCUUGAGUCGCAGCACAUGUGCGAAUAAAAUCAUUAUAAUUUAUUAAAAAUGCGGAUUGAGAAGUGUUAUUUCUGUUCCUCACCGGUGUAUCCCGGACACGGUAUGAUGUUUGUACGGAACGACUGUAAGGUUUUCAGGUUCUGCAGAUCCAAAUGCCACAAAAACUUCAAGAAGAAGCGAAACCCGAGAAAGACCCGAUGGACGAAAGCGUUCAGGAAGUCAGCGGGCAAAGAGCUGACAGUGGAUAACUCGCUGGAAUUCGAGAAGCGCAGAAAUAUUCCUGUCAAAUACAACAGAGAACUCUGGAGCAAGACAGUGGAAGCGAUGAAGAAGGCUGAAGCGAUCAAACGGAAACGACAGGCACGAUUCAUCAUGAACAGGUUGAAGAAGGGCAAAGAGUUGGAGAAGGCGGCAGAUAUCAGCGAGGUCAAGAAAAACAUUCACCUCAUCAAAGCUCCACACGCAGGACGAGCCAAACAGCUGGAGGACAAGAUGGUCCAGAAAUUGGCAGAAGACGUGGAAAUGGAUGAGUGACGUGACGAACAUACUUUAUAUUUGGACACUGCCGUUGAGUCAAUGUUUUCUUCAGUGAAACUGAGUGAAUUAUCGGCUAUUCUACAGAGACGUGCAUAUCAGCCAUCAAACCGUUGUGUGUUUUGAACAUAUAAAGAACGCUGAUGGGAUUUCUUUCUUUCCUGCUGCUCUUGUUGCUAAAGAAACAGUCAUAUAUAAAACGUGUAAAUGUAUACCUGAACUGCAUGGAAUUUGCGCAAAAUGUAAUUGCAAUAAAACUGGUCAACAUAAA